GCUACUAGAGCUCCCACAUUGGUAAAAACGCUCUAAAAUAUAAGGCGGAACGUGCAGGAUAGCUUCGCUUUCUUUCCAUUCCCAUUGUUAUUAUUACUUUCAAUUUCUUCUUCCAUCAUUUUCAUCUCUCUCAUCUCUGAGCUCCAUUUCCUCAUCAUUCAGCCAUGACUAAAAAGGUAACCACAAUGAAGCUCAAGGUUGAUCUCCAGUGUGAGAAAUGCUACAAGAAGGUCAAGAAUGUUCUCUGUCAAUUCCCUCAAAUUCAAGACCAGGUGUUCGAUGAGAAGCAGGACCUUGUGACGAUUAAAGUGGUGUGCUGUAGCCCAGAGAGGAUUAGGGAUCAGCUUUGCUGUAAAGGUUGUGGCGCCAUUAAGAGCAUCGAAAUUGUCCAACCACCACCUGAUUCGGAUUGCAAGCCAUGUCCAGAUAGAAAGUGCUGUGUUUCGUGCUACGAAGGCCAGCCGUGUGGGCCAUGCUUUGAGGGUUGUGGUCCCCGCCAGUUGGUGCCACCAGUGGUCUCAACGCUGGUUCUAGGUAGAACGUGUUGUGAUUCGUGCUGGGGAGGCCGGCCUGGUGGGUCAUGCUUUGGGUGCUGCGGUGGGCCUCCACCACGUUAUGGAGGGUAUUUUUAUGUUUGGAGUAGCUAUGGUGGAGCACGACCUUGCUGCGUGAGUCGCUGUGAUCAUUAAGUUAAUGAAGAUAACGUAAUAGGGUGAACAAUAAUGUUAGCUAAAGACUCAUUAAUCAUUAUUGCUGUGGUCUUGUAUGGAGAAUAAUGAAUAAAGAUAUAUUUCUAUUUAGAGUUAUAUACAUAUAUGUUAUUAUAUGUAUAAGUGGAUCCUCAUGAGAGUUAUGUUCUUUGUUUUUGUAAUAAUAAAAAUAAUUGUUAAAAAUGGUUCAUGUAUGAGAGGGAAAAUGAUGGCCACAAAAAUAGGGUUUAUUGGAGUUGGUUAUAUAUGUUUUAGAUUUUUCUGAAUAAAUAAAGUAUUUUGAGGGGAUUUCAUUUGCAUGGUGCACGCAGUUUGUAGAGGGAGAUCAAAUAUAUGAUGAAUAUAAUUAAUGAUAUAUUGUUCA